GAAAAAACAAAAAACAAAAAACAAAACAGGCUUCAGUCGCGAAUGAACAUAGCCUCUCCGCUGCUGUGUUAGUGACACACGGCGUGGAAAUGGCUAUAAAGUGAUAAAGCGAGCUCUUUGCAGCUUUAGCCCUCGUCCACAUGUGAGAGAGGAGUGGAGGAGUGGAGGAGAGAGGAGUGGAGGAGUGGAGGAGAGAGUGCGCCGCGCAGCAUCAUUUCCACACUUGGUCUGGUGACGGAGGGAGCCGGAGAGAGCCGGAGAGCCGGAGCACACCGAGCCGAGCUUGGACAUGGACUCGACACAGCUGUAAGGAUCCUUAGCUGUGAUAUUUGCUCGCAGUUGCUCUGAUACACCACUCCGCCUUUAGAUGAAGUACAUUUGAAGAAUUGCUUUGGCGAUUCCCACGUUUCCUGGACGCAUUUCUUUCCCUUGCUUUCAGACGGACUGCUGGAGAUAUCCUGAUUUCCUUCUGCAUCACAUAUAGCCUGUAAAUAUUCCUGUAUAUUCCUAAUUCUGAGUCAAGGACCUGCUGUGUUUUUAAAAUGAGACGUUACACUACACUAACCGUCUCCUUCAUGUGUGCGUUAAGAGUGUGACCUAACGAGCAGGAUCUUUAUUAGCACUGUUUGGUUUUUUUUUUUGUGGUAAUUUUCUUGGAUUUUUUUUUUUUUUUUUUUUUACCAUGUAUAUCUCCCUUAAUCUGGGACUUCUGCUUUAUUCUGGAAGAGUCGGUCUGAUCAAUUUUUAAUCCUUUAUGCGAAAUAAGAGAAAACACAAGAGCGACGGAUAAACCGCAGGGACGAGAAAGGGGAGAGAAAGAAAAGAAAAAAAGAAAUAAACGGGACGUGAAUAAGGGAGCGAUGAGUGUAUGAGACGCAGUGAAGCUCGGAAGAAAGGAGACUGGAGGAGUGAAGGUUUGUCCCUGUACGGAGGGUGUGAGGGCCUCUGAAGCUGCAGGUCGUUAUCCCCGCAGGCCGUCUUGUCCCUCCAUCACGCUGCCCCAUCAUGGCUCUGGCUCUCUGGUUGCUGUGUACCUGCGCCGUCACCCUCAGUAACAUCGCCCCCUCUGCUCAAGCAUUAAGUCGUUCCAUGAUGCCUUUUGGCUUGAUGAGGAGGGAGCUGGCGUGUGAGGGUUACCCCAUCGAGCUCCGCUGCCCGGGCAGCGACGUCAUCAUGAUCGAGACGGCCAACUACGGACGGACCGACGACAAGAUCUGUGACGCCGACCCUUUCCAGAUGGAGAACGUGCAGUGCUACCUGCCUGAUGCCUUCAAGAUCAUGUCACAGAGGUGUAAUAACCGUACGCAGUGUGUGGUGGUCGCCGGGUCAGACGUGUUUCCUGAUCCUUGUCCGGGAACUUACAAGUACCUGGAGAUUCAGUAUGAGUGUGUGCCAUACAAAGUGGAUCAAAAAGUCUUUGUAUGUCCGGGGACUCUGUUGAGGGUUCAAGCGGCGAGUUCACAGCAGGAGGCGGAGCAUCAGUCGGGGGCGUGGUGCAAGGACCCACUGCAGUCAGGUGACCGGCUGUACGUCAUGCCGUGGACGCCGUACCGGACGGACAUUCUGUACGAGUACGCAUCGUGGGACGAUUUCACCCAGAACCGCGCCACCACCACCUACAAGCUGCCCAAUCGAGUGGACGGUACGGGCUUCGUGGUGUACGACGGCGCCGUCUUCUACAACAAGGAGCGAACACGAAACAUCGUUAAGUACGACCUGCGCACACGCAUCAAAAGCGGCGAAGCCAUCAUCGCCAACGCCAACUACCACGACACCUCACCCUACCGCUGGGGCGGGAAGUCCGACAUCGACCUGGCCGUGGACGAGAACGGCCUGUGGGUCAUCUACGCCACCGAGACCAACAACGGCCGUCUGGUGGUCAGUCAGGUGAACCCAUACACUCUGCGUUUCGAGGGCACGUGGGAGACGAGUUUCGACAAGCGGCUGGCGUCCAACGCCUUCAUGGCGUGCGGCGUGCUGUACGCGGUGCGCUCCGUGUACCAGGACGACGACAGCGAGGCGGGCGGAGAUCUGGUGCUGUACGCCUACAACACCAACCGCAACCAGGAGGAGCCCGUGCACAUCAUCUUCCCCAACCCCUACCAGUACAUCUCGUCCAUCGACUACAACCCCCGUGACAACCAGCUCUACGUUUGGAACAACUACAACGUGCUGCGCUACCCGCUGGAGUUCGGACCGCCCGACCCCACGACAGGACCGCUGGUCACCACUCAGACAUCCAGCACCACACCGUCCCGGUCAUUCUCGUCCACCUCCAGCCCUUCCACCAUGCGCCCACUACCUGCCACUUUUCACCCCAUCGGCGCCAUAAACAAAGCCCCGGAACUGCGCCCCAUCACUGCUACAGUGCCCGUGACCCGUCGCCCCCCACGCCCACGUCCACGCCCACCUCAGGAGCCCGAGCUGCAGGAGGGGUGUGACCCGAGCGUAGCGCGAGGCGUCCAGUGGCCCAGCGCUCAGAGGGGCGAGACGGUGGAGCGACCCUGCCCUAAAGGAUCACUGGGCAUCGCAUCUUUCCAGUGUCUGUCUGCCCCAGUACAGUGGAACCCACGAGGUCCUGACCUCAGUAACUGCACCUCUCCCUGGGUCAACCAGGUGGCCCAAAAGAUAAAGAGUGGUGAGAACGCGGCGAACAUUGCCAGCGAGUUAGUGAACCACACGCGGAGUCGGAUCCACGCCGGAGACGUCAGCUCAUCUGUUCGUCUCAUCGAGCAGCUGCUGGACAUCCUGGACGCUCAGCUUCAACCUCUGAGACCCGGAAACAAAGAGUCAGCCACCCGCAACUACAACAAGCUACAGAAGAGGGAGAGGACCUGCCGAGCAUACAUUCAGGCCGUGGUUCAGACAGUAGAUAAUCUGCUGCGUGUGGAGGCUCUGGACGCCUGGAGAGACAUGAACAGCAGCGAGCAGGCUCACACUGCCACCAUGCUGCUGGACGUGAUGGAGAAAGGAGCCUUUCUGCUCGCCAACAACAUGUAUGACACACGCUUCAGUGACCACGCCCCCAACAUUGAUCUGGAGGUUCACAUACUGAACACAGACAUGGAUCUGCAGGAUUUGGCCUUCCCUCAGAGGAGCUCUGGUGAUAGCAGCAUCCUUCUGCCAGCCUCCACCGUCAAACAGUACAGCCGCAACGGUCAGGUGAAGGUUGUCUUUUUGCUUUAUAAGAAUCUGGGCUCGUUCCUCUCCACCGAGAACGCCACUGUGAAGAUGGAGGUGGAGCCAGGGCCAGGGCCAGGACCUGGGGGGCGGAGCCUAGCCGUCAACUCGCAUGUCAUCGCCGCAUCCAUCAACAAAGAGUCAAGCCGAGUGUUUCUAACUGUGCCUGUGGUGUUCACCUUGAAGCAUCUGCAGCUGGAGAACCAUUUCAGCCCAAACUGUUCGUUCUGGAACUACUCGGAGCGCUCGAUGACGGGUCAGUGGUCGUCUCAGGGCUGCAAGCUGCUGGACACCAACAGCACACACACCACCUGCUCCUGCUCCCACCUCACCAACUUCGCUGUGCUCAUGGUGCAGCACGAGCCCAGUUACCAGGAUCAGAUGCACGAGGUGCUGCUGGUUGUGAUCACGUGGGUGGGGAUUGUCAUCUCGCUGGUGUGUUUGGCCAUCUGCAUCUCCACCUUCUGCUUCCUGAGAGGCCUGCAGACGGACCGCAACACCAUCCACAAGAACCUGUGCAUCAACCUCUUCAUCGCCGAGCUCCUCUUCCUCAUCGGCAUUAACAAGACGCAGUACCAGAUCGCCUGUCCGAUCUUCGCCGGCCUCCUGCACUUCUUCUUCCUGGCUGCUUUCUCGUGGAUGUGUCUGGAAGGCGUGCAGCUCUACCUGAUGCUGGUGGAGGUGUUCGAGAGCGAGUAUUCCCGAAAGAAGUACUACUACCUGUGCGGCUACUGCUUCCCGGCGCUGGUGGUGGGCAUCUCGGCGGCCAUCGACUACCGCAGCUACGGGACCAAGAAAGCGUGCUGGUUGCGGGUUGAUAACUACUUCGUGUGGAGCUUCAUCGGCCCCGUGUCCUUCAUCAUCAUGCUGAACCUGGUGUUCCUGAUGGUCACUCUACACAAGAUGGUUCGCAACUCGUCCGCCCUCAAACCUGACUCCAGCCGUCUGGACAAUAUCAAGUCCUGGGCUCUCGGGGCCGUCACUCUGCUCUUCCUCCUCGGCCUCACCUGGGCUUUCGGCCUUCUCUUCAUCAACGAGAAAACGGUCAUCAUGGCGUACCUGUUCACCACCUUCAACGCCUUCCAGGGCAUGUUCAUCUUCAUCUUCCACUGCGCCCUGCAGAAAAAGGUCCAUAAGGAGUACAGUAAGUGUUUGCGUCACUCGUACUGCUGUGGACGCUCGUCUAACUCCAGCUCUCACGGAUCUCUGAAAAACUCUGCACUUCGCACCAACAACCGCUAUUACACCAGCAGCCAGGCCCGACAUGCUGCAGCACACAGACAGAGCCGGAUCCGUCGCAUGUGGAACGACACAGUGAGGAAGCAGACCGAGUCGUCCUUCAUGGCAGGAGACAUCAACAGCACUCCCACCCUCAACCGCGCCCCCAUGGGGAAUCACCUGUUGGCGAACCCGGUAUUGCAGACGCGCACAGGUUCUUCUCCCUACAACACCCUGCUGACUGAGACCUUCACACCUCCAUCACCUGGAGUCUUUAACUCCACUGGAACCUUCCGUGAUCCAAAGAGCACUCUGGCUAGGAAUCGGGACCAUGGUGGAAUGGAGACGCUGCCACUAAAUGGCAAUUUCAACAACAGCUACUCGCUGCGUGCUGGAGUUGCUGGCCCGGGCGGACAAGGUGGCAGCUGUGACUUCCUUGGGGGCGGAUCCGAUGAGAGUCCACCUCCUUUGCUGAACCCGCGUGGUGCGGAGACACUAGGAGGGAUCCGGCGCAACCUCUCUGACGCAGCCGCCUUUGAGAAGAUGAUCAUUUCCGAGCUGGUGCACAACAACCUGCGGCAAGGAGGCGGGGAGAGAAUUGGUGGAACCCUGGUGCGAGGACGUACGACUGGAAUGGGGGUUGGGACGGGGGCAGGGGCAGGAGCAGGGGCGAGUGCAGUGGCCGGAGUGGAUCGGGUGACUGCUGCGGAACAGGAAGCGGAGGAUGAGGGCCAGCGGCACCGGACGCCACAAGACGUGGAGCUGUUAUACAAGGCCCUGGAGGAGCCGUUGCUCCUGCAGCGCGCCCAGUCGGUUCUCUACCAGAGUGACGCCGAUGAGAGCGAGAGCUACAUGAACGACUCGAACGAGAGCCACGGGCACAGUGCAGCCGCCACGGGCGCUGGCACAGGUCCGGACUCGCCUGCCCGGGACUCGCUGUACACCAGCAUCACCAACCUGCGAGACUCACCAUACCCAGACAGCAGCCCCGACGAGCUCUACUACAGCUCGGGCAGACCUGCACUGGGCAGCGCCAUGCACACCUUCUACCCAACGCCCCCAACGAGGCCUGGAGCCGACACCCAAACCCACGCCCACACCCACAAUCCCCCCGAGCCCGCACACGCUGAGGGGGAUGGACAGAUGCAGCUGGUCACCAGCCUGUGACUGCGAGUAAACCCCCCAGUCUCUCACACCCAUUCUGUUUCUGUUCCUUUCUCUCGGUUUGCUAGUUUGGAAGUGUAAACAGAGAGAAGUCUCAGCUCGGUCUCAGUGGCAGCAGGUUCUAUAAGGCAGCUCUGAAGCAAACCUAGUCCACACACUCCCUUGGUUGAUUCCCAAGUCCAAAGCUCCCUCAGCAACUGAGGAUAUUUUCAACUAUUCCCCAUGGAUUUUGUUGGCGAUACCUCUUCUGUUUUUUUUUUUUAAAUGCUUAUCAAUUCCACAGUGUUUUCUUUUCUGAUUUUACUCCCUUUUCUUCUCCCUUUCAUCAUUUAUUGAGAGCUGAUGCGUCUGGAGAAGGGAGUUCACCGUUAUGCAUCAGUGUGCAAAGAACUCUCUGUCUCGCUCUGAAAGCUCUUCAGUGUUGCCAAAAAUACAUUUUUUGAGCCAGAACACAAACUGGAAUGCACGCGCACACACACACACGCACACACACACACACACACACUCACAAACACAAACACACACACAAACACACAAACACACACAGAAAGUGCACAAACAUAAGUGCUUGUUACUGAACGUCAGACCGUGAAGAACUGCACUCAUGAAGGCAGCAGCAGGAAGAAGCUGCCCCUGUGGAGUUGCCUUUAUUCCCUUCCCCUCCUCUGGCUCUCUUUCCUUCUCUCUCUCUUCAGAUGGACUCUGAUGUACAGGACUCUCAACGAGACUUGACACAGCUGCACCUGGCCACAGGACUUGUAAUUGAUGCUCUAUUUAAAAGGAGUUUUUGUGUGUUUCUGAGACCGGCCCCGUGGAUCAUGGACUCUGGGUGCCUCUUCUGUGUUACUGGGGCUUGGAGAACUGUUUUUUUUUUUUUCCAAGGUUUUCCUGGGUGUUCUCCGAGCCUACUGAAAUACCUGUACAUACGAACCUUCAAAAUCAAUAACACAAAACCUAGCGCCAAUCCUAUUCUGUAAAUAGAGACCAGAUGAACAAAAGCAACAAAAAAAAGUAUGAACUAAUACGAGAGCAACCGAUUUCUUGUACUGAGACAAAAAAAAAUAUAUAAAAAAUACAGAGUGACACAAAAAUUGAAAUAAAAGACAUUUGGGAGUUUGUGAUCUAAAUGACACAGUCAGUCCAUCUCUCCCUCCCUGUUUCGUUCACUCUCUCAGGCUCUCAUUUACCCCUGCCCCAUUGAAUUGUGGGAGAACUGUGUUGACAGUGUGAGAGAGAGAGAGAAAGAAAGAAAGAGAGGGAAAGUUUGUGCAGAAACAAAGAAACUAGAAACUAGCCCUGGCACAAUUUUUAUGUAUUAUAACCCAUCGUUAACGUUUGACAGGUUUCAUGACUCGUGCCUCGGGAAAGGGACGCGGGGACAGGGUGAUGCGGGGAGGGGUGGGACUGUGGUUUAUCGACAGCAGCCAUAAUGUAGUGUUGGUUGUGUCUUGUUAGACUGAUGUAAUAGAUAUCAGAUAACUAGAUUACCGAUACCUAGGACAAAAAAAAUCUCGGAGACACAAAAGAUGGGACGCAAUUCAAUCACGAAUCAUGUCACGAGCGAAGCUGUAUUUCACUGUUUCUAAAUCACGACAAUCUGCCAUAAUAGCCGAAUCUGGUUCGACGGUGGAUUUGUGAUUUGUCUGUGUGUGUGUGUGUGUGUGUGUGUGUGUGUGUGUGAGAGGACGUUUGGUUUGAGUGCGUACAUUCGGGUGCCUGAAAUGCUGAAGUGCUUGUACUUAAGAAGCUAUUUUUUGCCAGGUUAGUUAGGCCCGUGUUAAAAGAGGAAGCAGAGUAAAAAAUGUAUAUCUAUAAAAGAACGCUAUAUUAGCUCCCGCCUCGGAGCCUUCGCUAGGUGUCAGGAAUACUGUUAUUUUGGAGCUCAGUGCCAUGGAAACUGGGAUCAUCAAGCGUCACGCCUGAAAAAGCAGGCAUUAGCAUUUCAUUAGGACGGCAGGCGCUGCUGACUAACGAGACACGUGCUCCGCGUGCUAGAAUCACCGUGUUUUAAUGUGUUCUGCAGCCUCAUGCAGAGGUUCUCAUGUGUCUUCAGAAAUGUUUCCUUCUUUUGGGGGGCCUUUUUCCACUGCAAGUACCAGAACUUUUGGCACUAGAAAACCAGAAGUAUGCUUUUUCUUUCAUUGACAGUGGUCCUGUAUAUCAAAGGUUACAGCUGGAUGGGUACUUGGGGCGGGGCUAGCAGCACGGUUCAUUGUUCAAUUGUGGUGAUGACCUAUUUACAAUGUUACUUUAGGAUUUUUUUUUUCCAGAUUUUUUCGUCAACAACUGGUUGGAAUAAAAAUCAUUUUAAUUUCAGCACACCUUUUGUCUUGUCAUUACCAUUGGCAAAAAAAUUUAAAACCCUUCUUUUCUAGCUGCCAGCUUUUUUUCUUUCGUAAUUUUGUUUUUUUUUUUGCAGCCCAAAAGAGAUGAAGGAACAAUUUUAGUCAAAGCUUGACAGUUACUUCACUUCCAUCUCUUUAGUUGAUGGAAAUUUACCAAGAACUUCAAGUUCCAAGUGGUUCCUGUUUUUUGUUUUUUUUUGUCCUUUUUUUUUUAUUUAAAAAUGUGCAGUGGAAAUCCGCAACUAUCCUCAAAUUUUAAUUAUUUUAUGAUAUAUUGUUAUUUAAUAAUUUAUCAAUUAUUUAUUCUCGCUAGGGAUAGGAGAUGUGGCAAAAUCUCAAAAAAUCAUGCCACAUGAAGACAAUUUCACAACAUAGCAUAUGUAUCACAAUAUUAUAUACGUAUAAACUAAGCAGUGUCGUGAUAUUUUUGUUUAAUACCUUGGCCGUAUCUUUAUUACUCUGUCAGUAAGUUAUUUAUGAAUGAUUACAUGAAGAUGAAGAAAUGGACAGUUGGUACAAAAUCAGAUUUUCACAUCCAAUCAGCUACUGAUGAUACUCACUAACCUCUCUGAAAAGUGUAUAGUGAUGUAAUUGGUCUUAUGGGUCCAGCCCUAAUUCAUUGACAUUGGGUUUUCUUUCUUUUUUUUUUUUUUAACUUUGCUGUCUGCUGUGCAAGCUGAAAGUGGGGAAAGAGAGAGAAAGAGAGAAAGAGAGAGAGAGAGAGAGAGAGAAAGAGGAGUGGAGUACAUACAUGUUUUAUGCCCGUCUCGGGAACAGUCGGUGUCAAUAUUACAGUGUGUCUAAGGUGCCAGGGGAGAGUGACAUCUGCUUUACAGUCACAAACAGACAUGGAGCGGGUGGUGCAUCCUCAACACACCAUCUUUCAGUCACAGCAUCAGCUCUCUCUCUCUCUCUCUCUCUCUCUCUCUCUCUCUCUCCGUCUGUCUGUCUGUCUGUCUCCCAAACUUUUCAGAAUCUUCUUAAGGGAUGUACGUGUGUGCAAUACAGUGCUUGGGAGCUUGGACCGUAUUAAUGGCUAGAUGGUUGCUGUGGGUUUUUUUUUUGUAGGUCUGCUUGCCCCUGGCCCUGGCAGUUGUGCAUUAAAGGAGAACUCAAGUGUGUUUCAAUCUAAUGUCUACAAACACAAGCAAGUGAGGAAAGAACAGAAAACCUGUUUACGCCAGAUCUAUUUAUAAUAAAUAAAAAGUCUAAUCCUGCAUUCACAAUAGAAGGCGACAGAGCAACAUGUAUAUGUACGUGUGCGACACGGAGCUGCGAUUUCAGCAACAAAGUGAUAUUUACAUUUGAGAUAUUCUCAACUCUAUGCAAAUUAGAUAUGAUGCAGUAAAUCGAUAAAUCCAAGCGACUGCCUCAAAUGAUUCCUCGGACCAAUCCAAAGGCGCGUGUGGUCCGACGUUUCUUCAGUUCCCCACAACUAAUUCCGCAGUUAAUUCCAGUUUACUGUUUGAUGCACAAAAAUGGAUGGAAUUAAAUGUGUAUAGAGACAGUACAAAGAAAAAUAGAGCUUGGAAGAGAGUAGCAGAGAUCAGUGGUGCCUCCGGUGAGUGUAUGUAGCUAGUACAGCUUGCUUUGCUAAUCUAAUCUUACAACGAAGUUAGCAUGAAACCAAGCACAAGUAAAUCAAAUCUUAAAUAGAUGUUAGACAAAAUUGUCAGGUGUAUAAAUCGUAUAGUGAACUGUAGUCUAUGCAUUUUGGGUACUACUGUUCAUCAUCGCAACAAAUAAAUAAAUAAAUAAACACUGCAAAGUGCACACACACAAGAGACAAACUACAAGUGACACGAGUGACUUGUCGCUCACUAUUGUGAAUGUACAGUAAGUUAAGGGCAGUUAUUUAAUUCCAUCAAUAAACGUUUAUAUAAAAUACGCAUUUUUAUAGCUUGCUUUCAGAGAUGGGACUAUUUUUUCAUGUUACCAGUGUAGUGUGGCUCAGAUGGUGCGUGAACACCGCUGUAAAGAGACCGGAACUACUUCUUACUGCUCCAGUGUUGGAUAAAUCAGAACAACUUUAUUAGGACUUUCUGCCAUGUCCGUCUCAUCCUCACACUUUUAUUUUUAGGGAUAUGGUUAGCUUAGUUUGCAUCAUAUGGUCAAACUAUUCGCCGAAUUCAGCACCUGCCCCUAGGCUUUUUAGACUUAGAUUUAAAGCAAAUGUGUUUUCUGUUCUUUUUCUGAGUGCAGGAGAAACUGUGGUAAUCGCAUGUACAGACGCAGUGGAUAGCGAUUAAGUUGAAAAAACGCUGGAGUAUUCCUUCAAGGCUUAAGAGAGUAUAAUCAGCUUUUUUCCCCAAAUGCACAUUUUGCUUCCUUUGCUUCCCUUGCAGAAAUGUUGCGUGCUGAUGAGUAGCGCCAGCGCACAUUGGUCUUUUUGACUGGUCAGCGAGUUUGACCAUUUGAAUGCAUCCUUAUGGUAAAAGUGAGAGGAAAGAGGCCAGUGCUGAACGAUGUCCUCUGAAGAGCCAUUCUCCUGAGUCAUGACUCUCUUUGCACCUGCUGUAGCUCGGUGCCACUGCAAACGCUCGCUCUCGCCGCUCUUCCAGCCCAGAGGACACACUGUUUACCGCUCGACUCGUCCCUCGAGACAGUGGACGUGCGUCACGCUGCGUCUCUCUCUGCGCCCUGUCUCCCUCCUACCCUUCUUUCUCUCCUCUCUUAUUCCCCGUAUGCCAUGUCUCUGCUUCUGUCAUUCACAUUCCCCUCUUUUUCUCUGUGUUUGGUUUCUCUUUCACUGCAGUGUUUUCCUGCGGCUUCAUUACUGUGGCACUUACGGAGGAGUGGCGUUUCGAUUAGUCAGAGGUUUUGUUUACAUCCCACUGAUGGAAUAACAGAGUAUGUGGGUUAAUGAUAGUGAUUAUACAGUAUAAAGCGCCACAGGACUUAAAGCCUUCUCGUGGGAUUGCUACCACCUCUGAAAUCCUCAACACAACCCCUGAUUAUCAUAUUAAUGCUGAGAACUGUAAUCUAGCCAUAUCAGCCCACCCAGAGAUCUCGUCGUUCUUUCUCUUUACACUCUCUGCCCGUUUAUGGUCUCCCGAAGGGCGUGAGAGUGCCGGGAUCUUCCUUUCUUCAUGCAUUAAAAGGACACAAUGUAAAGCCUCUUGUUUCGAUGCCACUCUCUCUCUCUUGGCUUCAUGCCAUAAUGGAGUAUUGAGCAGUAAUGGCUGCUGGAUGUGGGCUGGAUUUGAACUUUCCACUCCUGCCCACUACUUUCUAGCUCUUUGCCCCAUCAUUCCCUCAAUGUAGGUGCCAUCGAUUGGUCUAGUUUCCCAUCAUCAGACUUUAACCAUGAUGUUCUGUUCAGAUGAAAAUAAACCACUUUAAACCAGUAGCUAUUAUUAGUAGUAGCAGAGAAAUACUCAACAUGCACUUUGUGUGCUUGGUUUAAUUAUAAAUAUAUUUUUUAAAUCAUAAAUAUGAUGUUCAGAUCAUUUUUGAGAAUAGCUAGAUAAACAAUGAUAUUUCUAUAAACUCUCUAAACAGGCAAUCAGGAUCAGUGGAACAUCCAACACCAACAGUGAACAGAACAUGAGGGUUAAUCCUGAUCUCUGUCUGUGAAUGCCCCAGCCUCUGGCUAUGCCUCCUCCCUGCUGCCUGGCCUUAUCCCAGUCUCAUUGUAGGACCAGCCAUGUGGGGCUUCAGGAUAUAUAGGAGCUUUAAGACUAGCACUUACUGUACAGGGAGAGAUACUUUGUUUUGAAGCCUCCAUCUCUCCACUGAGAGGAGCUAGAGGUUAUCAGCCACCUUCUGAUUUUUAAUCACUUGGCCACUGCAGGAUCGAGUCCUUAUUUCAGCACCACAGCAGGUAGAUCUGGAGAGCAGAGUGUCCUGUCACUUAUGUAGCCACCAUACCGCCACACACAGCAUGAACCGCAGAGAUUAAGGAUGAGGAUGUUGCCUUCAGACUAAUGGAUACAGUAAUCAAGUAGCAUCACUGGUUUUGUCCUUAUUGCUCUAUUCAGCAUACCAACAGUACAGCAUGGAUCAGGUUAUUCUCUGGUGUUUUUCUGUCACUCUAAAUGUUCUUUGGGCUCAACUUGAGAUCCAGUAAAGCAGUAAAGUGGUUAACUGAUCCAUAACACAGGACCCAGAUCACUGACAGAGCCUGAGGUCCAAGACUGAAAUAUACACACCCCAAAGGCCACAGCAGUCACAGAUCGUUUUCUAGUCCAGGGAAGAGGUGGAGAAAUACAUGUCAAACAUUCAUCCAUGUUGGUGUAAACUGGUGCUUUGCUCUUCUGUGUGUUUAAAAAGCUACUAAUGUACAGUCGCUGGUCAGUGGGGUGGGGCCCACAUGACACUUCUAAAAAUAAAGGUUCUUUAGAGCAAUACCAGACAGGGUCUCAGCAAAAAUUUCCAGUCCGUCUACUUCUCAAAGACGACACAAAAAGACUUAAAAUUAGCCCCCAAAAGGUUGGGCUUUGGACAUGUCUUGUUUUCUUUUUCUGUUUUGGCAUGGGAAGCAAGGUCACAGUGGUGAACACGCAUUUCUGAUUAUAACAGGUGAUCCUCAUCUGUUACAGCCAUAGUCUCCCUUUUCCCUCUUCCAGAUUUUGCAAUAUAUACUGUACAACAGAAGUGGUUCUGUUCAUUGUAGAACUCUGUAUGCAUUUACACUUUUCCUUUGUUUGCCUUAGCCUAUAUUUGUGGAAAUUUAAUUCUGAUUAUUUGCUUUAAAAAAAGUCCUUGGUGGACCAUUCUAGGAAAACUGUUGAAAGCUACAUAAAUCCCUACAAGAAUGGGAUUUUUUCCUUACAGUAGUUGUUCCAAGUUGAAAGCUAAAAUCCCUUAACUAUCCACUUUGAAGAACUGCUUUUUCUACAAGUGCAUGUAUUAUCUGUGUGCAGCACAAACUCCAAAUUAAUGAUCAUUACUUUCUUCUUAAUACCUAGAACAUGUCAGGCUUUUACCAUUUAGCUAAACUAUCUUGGUACUUGGUAGGGUUCUUGAAGGAUAAUUAAGGGUUCUUAGCUUCCUAAAUAUUUCUGAAGGGGAAACACUUUAUCUACGUAGAAUCUUUAAUGGUUCCCUCAAGGAGACAACCAAAGAACUCUUAAGGGUCCUAAAUUUUCAUAAUUAGACUGUAAAAGCCACUGUUAAAGCCUUGAAGAAACGUUUACACUCUCUUGCACCUUAGAGAAAAUAAUUGUACCUGUACAGUCCCUUUCUCUGACAGUGCAGUACACUUAGAUAUCUGAGAAACCCAAAAUUGCAAUGUCAUACGAGAGAACAUCAGUGUUUGGAAGACAUUUUUCUUUUAAUGAGAAAUUCUCCACAAGACAAGCUGAACCAUUAUUGGUUCUUCCUGGUGCUGCUUUUAACUGUGUAGGCAGAUGUUCAGAAAGGUCCCUACACCACUCCGCUUAUGGGAUUAUGUUUCAUCAGAAUUCACUUUGAGUUUAGAGAGUGAGUGAGUCACAGAGCUCGACAUGCAUGACGUGGCAGGGGCCAGGCGAGCGGCACCAGUGUUAAUUAAAAAACCGACACCACAAGCAACGUGAUGACGCAUGACGAUACCCAAAUCCGAGGUUCCAAGGUUUUCUGUUAAACACGUAUAUGUGAACAUGCAUUUUUUAAAAAAAAUAAUAAUACCAUAAUAAAGUAUCAGAGAUGAAUAUUGGCACAUUCCUACCACUCAGUUUGGCGUUCUGUUGCGUUUUUAUCUAAUCUGCAAAGCUAGUGAGUGUAUUAUCUAAUAAACCCUAAUAAACCUGACCCAACUCACUCAAGGGCUCUGUAAUGAGCUCCAGAGCUGAGUCAGGUGUGUCUGACAGGGAAAAAACAGUAAACUGUGCACUUCUGUGCGCCUGUGGGACCGGCGUUGCCCUCUCCACACCUAGAACGUACUGAGCUUCAAAAAAGACGCGAGUCGCUCCUUGCGUAAGCAGUGUUUGCAGCAUGGCAUGGACCGAGCAAUGAUGCAUGAGAUGAGAUAGAAGGCAGGACGCCAUCACCAGCUGGAACGGGAGAAUCGUUUAAUUCUCACUGAGUUUCCUUGUUCUUAGAUUUGAUUUUCUUUGAAAUGUUACGGACUUAUUAACGAUGCUCCUUUGUAACAUGAAAGGAUGAAUGUUGAGCCCUGAUUUGCUGUUUUCCCUUUUCCUUUUUUUUUUUAAUGAAUGAUGUGUUCAUGCUGUUUGUUUUCCCACGUUGCUUUGACAGUGCUCUGGGCCAAAAGGGGGACGGGGUUCUGUAAGCGUUUGCGUCAUCGCAGGUCAGUUUGACCCUGUAUCAGCACAUAUUAAUAAAAAAAAAAGAAAUUUGACUAAAACCGGCUGGUUAUCUUUGAGUGCAGUGAAUCUGAACACUGUAUUGCAUUUGCAUUCACGCAGAGUCAGAUCAUCAGAACAAUAACUACUAAUUGAUGUGCAUUACACAACUGUUAAUCAUCAUGAACAGAGACGUGGCAUUUUGUAUUCACAGAAUAAUGGGCAUGAAGGUCAUCACUUAUUUUCCGGUGUGUGUGGGUGUUUCAGCAGGAUAGCUCGGUAAUUUUUAAGGUAGCUCAGCCCUUUGAUUAGCACUGGUAGUAGCUUGUAUUUGUGCUCAUUAAUGGGAUGUUCAUUUCCCUAUUGCGCUGCUGCUCAGAGCUGUUUAGCGCUUUACACGUUAUAAUCAGCCCAUUAGAGCCACCUGGGGUGCCGUGAAAGUGUUUUUCCUCCUAAAGCACAAUGAUGCUUAUUCAGUAAAGAUGCGUACGGCAAAAUCUGUUCAUUAAACAAGCGUACGUAAUUUCACAGUCAGUUUCCUUAUUCAUCAGUUAUAUCUUUUGAGGAUCUACGAUCAAAACCUCACGUCUGGUUCGGAGUGCAUGUAAAUUUCAACACGACAUUUUAACAACUGAAAAAUGCUCAAUUUUCUGUGAUCAAAAUCAACAUCAGUUUCAUCAAAAAGUAUAGUAAAUAGCAAGCAGUAAUAAAACUAACAAAUAACAUCAACAACCAGUUGCGCACACAGAAACCUCAUAUUUACAUACAAGUAAAGGGGCUUAGCAUCAACAUAUAGGUUAAAUAUGAAUCAAUAAGCAGAUGUGGAUCUUUAUCAGCUCAUUAGUCCUUUCAUUGAUUAAUGCGUACAUUUAAAUAAAAGAAUCAUUUGUAAACGACGAUCUAACCCAGAUGUUGAGUCUCAUUAGGAGGAUUGCUGGAGAUCACACCUUUUUGAGGUUAUUACAUAAUUUCAUAUCAACACCAAACACAAUUUUAUUUAUUUAGGCUGAACAUCUUCCAGCCUUUUGUUUCUAUGAAAUGAAGAUAUAUAUUAAGCUUUAGUUUAAUCAGACCUAUUUGAAUAUUAAAAUUAUUGUUUAAAAAGAAAAGCUAGCAAUAGUGUUCACAUAUAUUAUAUGGUCAAUAGUAUGUGGACACCUGACCUUCACACUCAUAUGUGGUUCUUCCCCAAACUGUUGCCACAGAAUUUUAAGCACACAAUUGUAUAGAAUGUCUUUGGAUGCUGUAGCGUUACAAUUUCACUGGAACUAAGAGACCCGAACCUGUUCCAGCAUGACGAUGCCCCUGUGCACAAAGCGAGCUCCAUGAAGACAUGGUGUGUGAAGGUUGGAGUGGAAGAACUCGAGUGUCCUGCACAGAGCCCUGACCUCAACCCCACUGAACCCCUUUGGGAUGAACUGGAACACCGACUGAACCCCAGACCUCCUCACCAACAUCAGCGCCUGACCUCACUAAUGCUCCUGUAGCUGAAUGAACACAAAUCCCCACAGCCACGCUCCAACAUCUAGUGGAAAACCUUCCCAGAAGAGUGGAGCUUAUUAUAACAGUAAAGGGGAACAAGCACAUAUGGGUGUGAUGGUGAGGUGUCCACAUACUUUUGGCCAUAAUGGUUCUGUUUUCUACCUAAUUCUGACAUUAAACAAAAGCACGCUUUCAUAACUGUCUAUAUUUGUCUAUGAAUGUCAUUAAUUUCAGUAAAAACAGUCAUUAAUUUCAGUAAAAAAAAAGAUUUGCAAAACUGUUGAACCAUAAUUUCCUCUAAUGAGGAUAUUUACUUUUAUUUUGUGUUUUCCAAAGACAUGUCUUAAAGUGCUCUGAAACCAUUUAUUUAAUGUUCAGUGUUGAUGCUAGAGGACUCAUUUAAUGAACAUCAGACUCAGUGCUACAUUUUUUUUGUUAACUAGUUAGAUGGUUGGAUGGAUAGAGGCAGUGCUUUGGGUAACUCCAGUAGGUGCAUCUGAACUGUUACUAUCACUCUGUCUAUUGUUUUUUCAGCUGCUAUAAGCUACUGUGAGGUUUGCUGGUAAUGCUUAUUACAACAGACAAAUAGGCUUUCAUAAUGAGGCUGUAUUUUGACUGAAUUCUUUGUCUAACUACUUAGCAAGCUAGCACACUGGCUAAUUUGUAAAGUAAGUUCUAAUUUCUGUAUGCCUGAGCAGACAAAAUUUGAUUGAUUAAAAAAAAACAGAAAUAAUAUGUAUUUAAAAUAUUUCCUAAUCAGACCUAGAGAUUGGAGUAUUCAUUUUUUUAUCAUUCAUGCACACAAAAUAAUAAAACAGGGUGUAUGAUCAUCCGGGUAGCAAGCAGCAGUCACUCACAACUGAAAUGCAGAUGCUGACAGCUGUAAAAUAUAAUAUUACAGUAUACGUGGGCAUGAUGUUUAAGACUCCACGAGAAAUGAUGUCAGGGCAAGAGCAGUAAUAAUCUGUCCAGUAGAAGUAGAGCAAGCUUCUCACUGGGUUUAGCUCCUUAACAACCUCAAAUCUCUCCUGUUCCUCUAUUUAAACAGAACAUCUUGCUUUAAUUAUUUUGCCCAAAUUGGACAUUUGAUGCCUACUUGGCAUGUUGCUGUCUUCUCCUUCUACUAUAUUUGCACUUCCUGUCCACUGAAUGCUGACACUGAUUAGAAUUUUUUUUUAAAAUUCAAAAGAAACUAUGACAAUGAAGAAAUAAGAGAGCAAAAUGAGAACAUCACACAUGUACUACACAUUCUGGGGGAAGUGGAGCAUCAUGGUGUGUGUGUGUUAUAGCAGAAUGAUUGACAAGAGUAAGUGCUAUUUGACGAACGAUUUUGUAUCUCUCAGUGUAUUCAGUGUAUUUUAAUUAGCGCUAUGGAGAUGCAGUAUAUAUACACAUCAUCUCCUGUUGCUUUUUCAGGACGAGCCGAAGCCUGACAAUUUGAUGCUUGAGGCAUCAUUCUGCAUGCUGAUUAAGUAAGAGCUGCCUUUUCCUCGCAAUCAGAGCCAAGAGGUUUACUCCACAACAAAAGCGGCUCUGUUAGACGUCUGGAGAUGAAAACAUGCUCCUGAAGUGCUAAUUCCUCCUGCUGAUUUAUUCACGAGCGGGGUGAGCGGGUCACCGGAUCUGUCAGCGAUAGUGCGUUUAACCUCUCCAGCGCACCCGCACAGGCGAGGGAACGGAGCAAGCGGCUCUGUUUCAUGCUGCGCUCUCUUGAACCGCAUAUGCAUAUGGAAAUGAGACACUGGAGACUCAUCCUGAGAAAAUCUUCCAGAGGAACCAGGCAGUGAGGGCUGAGCGAACGCAAACACCCACAAUUCCAGCGCCCACUCAGGGUGCCAUCACACCCACUCACCUUGGACAGGGACCAGCUCAAGUGUUUGCAUGUUGAGAAGUGUCAGCCAAGCAUUGUGCUUUUAGAAAAACACAACUCAAAGCACGGCACCAUUGAGUGUUUCUUAGAGAAGGGUAGGAAUGUGAGAACACACCAACAAAUCCUGAGAACAUUACGUCACAAACGAGUUCUGAAUCUGUAGCUGGAUAAAAGCCUGUCUGAACCUGACCACCACAAACCAAAUAAAGAUAAGACUUUAUUCAUCCCAAGGGGAAAUUCGAGCUUUCCAACAGCAUACAUAAAGGACAAGGCAUGAAUACACGUGAAAUAAAGUAAGAAUAAAAUAAAGAUAAAAUAAUAUAAAGUAAAAUAAAUAUUGAAAAUAUUGAAAAAUAAAAUACAAUUUAAAGGUAAAAAUCUAAAAAUGUAUACAUAGCAUAGAUAUAAAUAGUAAACCUAUAUAAAGGGUGUCCCAAAAGUCUCCAUACAUAGUGGAAAUUAACAAUUUUUAGCAAAUUUUCUUCAAAAUUUUUCAUACUUAGUUUAUAUUAUAUAUAUAAAACAGACACCUGUUUUUCAGACGUCUCUGACAAAAGAAAAACAUCGUGACAAAAGAAAGCAUGCUUAUGGCUGGAUCGGGAAGCUGUCGCAAGGUUGCGAUGGACUUUAACAAGAAACGACACGACACUGUUGCCAAACUUAACAAAUUAACAAAUUAAAAAUGUCAAAAUUUAACAAAUUUAUUCACUUAGCUUAAUUAACAAUUUCACGAAGACGGGAAGUGUUGUACAGCAACCGAGAAAUGGACGUCCACGAACAUCCACUGACAAAUGCAC